AUGUCGGCCCUUGUGGUCGGGCGUCCUAAUCCCUCCCGAGGCUUGCCCAAUACUCCGGCAGUUAAGACGUUCAGAAUCGGAGAACUCUUACUACUGAUCGUCGAGGAGCUUGGAGAGCGAACUGAGCAAAAGCCUUUAUACCAGAAUCUUGGGAGCCUUGCCAACUUGAUCCUUGCGAACAAGUCCCUGUUCAGCUCACUUCAGGCUUACCUCUACACUCAAGACCUGAAGGAUGACUGCCACAAAGGCCUCCAACAUGCUGUUUUCAACUGCUCUGACCAAGUGGGCUACCAUAUCAUCAGCAAAUACCCAGUCCAGCUCCUAAAGCGCAGGAUCAACAAAAUUUACAAGCGCAGUACUGCGAAGGCCAAAGCAACAUUUACUCUGCUUCAUAUAGCAGCAGCUCAGCAACAACAUCGUGUGAUCCGAAAACUGGGGCGCUUGGGUGCCAAGUAUCUCGAUGCUAAGAACCUCCAUCUCGUCCUGUCACAAGAAUUCAGAGAUCGGCUAGAACAAGAGUCCGAACUUGUCAACCACCUCCCCAGACUCCGGUGGAAACCUGCACUAGCACCUCUUGUACUGCAUCAGGUUGCAACCUUCGAUCUCCUAGACGAAUACUGGGAGGCCGUUUAUGUCGGAACCUUCAACUUUCACGCGCUUGCUGUUAAUGGCGUGGUACCUCCAAAGCCUCCCUUUUGGCCGAUGACCGUCCAUCAGUUGGCAGCAAUUUUGGGAGAUCGCAACUACUCUGUCCAACUGAUGAGAAAGGCUGUGGAGACUCACCCUUCAGAGAAUGAAUUCCCUGGAGGACUGGAGAGGUACUCGGUUCUUCAUUUUGCUAUCAAGGCUUACAACUUCAGGGCCUUGAAAUACGUCCUGGAGUCUGGUGUUGGGUUCGGGCGAUACAUGGUCGAUGCCCUUGGUAACAACCCACUCCAUUGUGUGUUCCGGCUUGCCUUGGAAUCGGCAAACAACUCGGCAUCGAGAUCAGCCUGUAGAAAAAUGGUCGACGAGCUCAUGGACAACCACGGGUUUCACCACCGCAUGAUUCGAACCUGCUACCCACACGAGUCACCAAUUCUUAUUGUUGCUGAAUCCGUUCGCGUAGAUUGGAGCGGCAGGCUUCACAUGAUCAAGUAUCUACUUGGAAAAUGCCUCCAGAGCGAAACCGAUAUGAGGUUGCGGCGGGGCUAUGACCCUGCAUCUCACCGAAACAUGAUGAAUGUCCCUGACGCAUGUGGAAAUACUGUACUGGGAUUCGUUUCCCAAGCCAUCAUAGCACAUGAGGGUAAUGAUGCCCUCGAAGGCUUGUUCAGAAGAUUGGUCCGGCACGGAGCUGACAUAAACCUGGACAUCAAUCCCCGAUACAGACCCCGCAGGUACGCCCACUCAAUCAAGUUCAUUGCCCAAGAUGCUCCGGGAUGCGCCAAGUUCAAGAAGACGGUCGACAGUCUCGGUGGCCGUCUUCACCAGGCUGAAAUUGAGGGUACUGCUAUUGGGUUCGAUGGCAUCAUAUAUCGAGAUCAUGAGCCACAUGUACACUCGCUUCCUCCAGAACAUCUCUUUGCCCAAGAGCACCCCUAG